UUAUACGCUCAAACAUUCUAUUCUGCACAGUGCUGUUUUUUUAUUUAAUUAUUUAGUGACAACAUUAGUUUAAACUACAAUCUGGACAUAAGCAGAAAUUGAAUUGCGUUUUCAUGAUUGUGGCAUGCAUAAUGAAGAUCAACUUCCAGAAAUUCGUAGAUAAAGUCUUGAUUUUAACCACUCAUGCUUUGCUGGUACCCAAGUUGCAUGCAAGCUAAUCCUCCUUACUGGUACCCAAAUGGGAAAGCACAACAAACUUUCCAAGUUUUCUCUAGCUGUAACAAACAAUGUACAACUGUACAAGUAUUGCAUACUGCUUAUUAAGCUCUUGUAUAUUAGGUUUUCAGAAGUAGAUUUUCAGCAAGUUUAGUUGAAAAUUUUUCAUAUGAAUCUCCAGUUUUGAACACCAAAAGUAUAAUUUCUGUCCCCGUGGUUUACACCCCUUCUCACGUACAAACCCUAUUUGAAAAAAAACGACCAUUCGAGUCUCUGUGGUUGUCAAUUGGAGCAUUUCAAGCAUUUCAAGCAGCUUUCAAAGUGAAGCAAAUGCUACAGCUUCUUCAAAAACUUUGCACAAAAGAUAUGGUUGACGUUUCGUCCGCUGCCAGUGACGAUCAGCAGACAAGCAUUUCUCAGGUUAUAUAUGUUGGUGUUCACAUUGUUAGCACUCUGAUAACAAUAGAAAUGUUGAAGUAUCCUAAGCUUUGUUAUGAUCACUUUGCUCUGCUGUCACAUAUGCUGGAGGUUUAUCCUGAAAUGAUUCCGAAACUAAACCAUGAAGCCUUCAGUCAUAUUUCCGGAACUCUUGAUUAUGGUCUCCAUCACCAGGAUGAAGAGAUCGUUGGCACGUGUCUAAGAUCUCUGAGAGCACUUGCAUUUUACCACUAUAAUGAAAGAGAGGGCGGUAGAGAUGGGCUAGGUCCACAUGGUACAGACGCUGAUGGAAAUUUUCAGGAUGGCAUUCUUAGUAAAUUUUUGCGAUCGUUAAUGCAACUACUGCUCUUUGAGGAUUACAGCAUGGAUCUUGUAGGAGGUGCAGCUGAUGCUCUUUUCCCGUUAAUACCAGGUAUCUCUACUUUCUUUUGAAGUUCAUUCUGUUUUAGUUUUCCUUUUAUUUGUUACGAAGAAAACGGGUCAAAGAGGACAAAUAAUUUUUGAGCGGGUUGAUUUGGGCUUUUGUUGUAUUGCUAGCCGGUGAAAUGGGCCAAAGAAAACAGAUUUAGUUCAGAAAACGGGUCAAAUAGGUCAAAACACCCAAAAUGUAUUUUAAAUGCAUCAUACGUCUUAAAUCAAUUUAUUGAAAAAAAUUCAUAUACAGUACUUGUAUGGUUUUUAUAAUAAUAUGUAAGACUGAAGAAGUUUUUUUUAUAAUAAUAUGUAAGACUGAAGAAGUUUUUGGACUGUAUUGGGUCUACUCAGACCUAGAGGUGUCCAUCGAAUUCGUUUUUAGUUUUUUUUUGGUAAGCAAACUCAAAAAACUGAUUCAAGUUCAACAAUUUGAAUUCUGGUUGAUUCGAAUAAUUCGGAAUUAGAGGAAAACAUAGGUAAUACAUAACAUAUAUUUGAUAAAGGGUUAUUGGAUUUUAUCACCCUCAACUAUCGGGUGCCACCCCCAAUUAACACUUUGACACCCGGCACCUCCAACUUAACUUUUAGUUUGUGCUGCCACCAGUCUGUUAACUCAUUACUAACUGAGUUAGUUUUUUGAUCCUACGUGUCACACUCUUGAUUACGUGGACAUGAUUAUGUGGCGAAUACGUGUCAAGCACCUUCAUCUCCUUCCUUUAGAACACAAGAGAUCAGAAACGUAUAUGAUCUCUUGAAGAUGCAAACAGAUCUCUUUAAAACAAACAGAUCUGGAACAAUACCGGCAUACUUGAAGGCCAAAUCGGAGAUGCAAAUGAUAACCGAUUGAGAAAUCUCCAGGUUGUUUCGUUUAGCUGUACCGAACAAAGAGAUGAAUCAAAUGAAAAUAAGAUGAGUAAGAGAAAUGUUGCGAUAUACAGUAACACAUACAGACCUUCAGUUACCCAACCCUCCUCCUCUGUAUUCCCCUCAGCAUCAAAAUUAAGGUUCUUGAUGGGUGUCGGAAUUUUAGCAAACAUAGAAUUAGUAGAACAAGGGGAUUUGGAAGGUGUAGAGCAAGUUUCAGGGGAAAGCUUACCUUCCUCAACUGAAUUUGAGGUUGUGUUCUUGGGGCCAGUGUUCGAAGCAUCCUCCUCCACAUCCAUAGCAGCUGGACUUGGAGGCAUAGCAGUGGUAUGAGCCCCAAUCGACGUCGUACUCUUCUCCUGAAGGUUGACAUUAGGGUUACCUUGGAACAAAUCAUUCACGCACAGAUUUGCCAAAGGAUACGCCCCUUAUCACUCUUUGAUGGCUUGUGGCCAGAGGAAUUUAGGGCUCCCACUAUAUCUUUGGAACUUUUGGCGGCAUUACCAGAUCUGGUAGAAAUACAGCGUGAGAUUAAGAUGUUAGGGGAAAUAGGAGGCAAAUCUGGAUCUAGGGGU